CACCUAAGAAAAAAAAAAAAGGAUACUUAUUACCUCCAACGAACCUACCUAACACAGCAUAGAUUGGAAUUUCCGUUCAAAUGGCAACCUUAUAUCUAGGCCUCGAGGAGAACCUACUUUCGAGCUCUCCAAACCUCCGCUCCUACUCCAUUUCCUCCACGUCUUCUGGGGCUUCCUGUUCCACCACACAGAGUCACCCUUCCUGCUACAGAACGUUAGCCCCUAAAGCAGACAAUACAUCACCAAUGAGCUUUCCAUCAAGGCCCUUCGAGGAUGGCUUCCUCGGCCUACGCGAGCGUAAGACCCACAACGGCCAGUCCAUCGCGCCCAACCUCCUCUCGAUAAAAGUGGAGGGGGCCCAUCAGACCUCGAACCCACCUCUGGACCCGGCCUUCCACCCCUCUCAACAGAUGGAAGACAUGCUGCAGCAACAGCAGCAGAACUUCAGCACCCCGAACUACGACCAGUCCUACCCGCGGAUCACGAACUACCCGGAAUACGGCCCGCAACGGUACUCGUCGAACAGCCUGUCACCGAGCUCCAGCAACGGCGACUGCCUCUACACCACCCACAACCGUAUGUUCGACUGCUCCCAGUCCUUCGCGCCGUGGGGACACGAGUCGAACUCCAGGGAGGCGUGCGCCGCAAUGACGGCCCUGGAACUCCUGAUGCCCAAGGUGGGCAUAGGCUCUGAGGGGGAGGAGGAUGUGGACAUGUCGGACAGAGACUCAGCUGGAUCUAGUCCUGGGCCCACCGUCGCCAGGAGGAAGCGUCGCGCUCCCCACCCACUCGUCAUCAGCUCGAGGGACAAGCCGCACGUUUGCUCUGUGGGGGACUGCGAAAGUCGGUUCAAGAGGCCUGAGCAUCUGAGGAGGCAUGAGAAGACGCAUACCGGCGAGAGGCCCUUCUCCUGCACCAUCUGUGGCAGGAGGUUCGGCAGGAACGAUAAUCUUCAGACUCACAAGAAGACGCAUAUGAAGAUGACUGGGCGUAAUGAGUACAUCCCUGGGCUGGCCUAAAGGUUUCUUUCUAUAUCUCUCAACUCUUUUAUCUUAUUCUCUAGCUGGCUACCUGCCAUUACUCUCUUGACUAGCUUCUUUCCUUCUCUCCGCUCCUCUAUCUUCUCCAACCUCCACUUCAUCGGGGUCUUUUUUAACUACUACGGGUUAUUCAAUAGGUUUCUUCUUCUUCUAAAUCUUGGGUUUCUAUUCUUCUACUGGUUUUUUUCAUGGGUCAUCAUCUCUUUUGUCACUACCUCAUAUCUAUCGUAUCACACAUAUAGUAACUACCC